GCGGUUGCAGCCCCCGGGCUUCGUAGGCACCUUCCCUCCACUAGCGACUUGGGCGUUAAUUAAACAUAAUUACAUUUUUAUGAAGUCAACAUGUUUACGUUGUAAUGAAAUUCAAAUGAUUGUCUGGCUUUUUCUUUACUUAGUUGAAUCCAAGGUGGGAGAAUGCUAGACAAGAGAUUCUCGACAAUCACUUUAAGCUCAUCUGUGCCUACAAAGGCAAUCUACAGGAACUUAGUCCUUUGCAAGGAACAUGCUUUAAGCCAGCCAGGCUUAGAAACGACAAAAAACUAGCGUUUGUUCCCAUUAAUCUGCACAUUCAGCGAAUGAAGGUCAUACAAGACAGUGAAGGAGCUGGAACACUGUAUGAUAUCGUCACAGUAGGCGCGCCAGCUGCACACACGCUCAAGUUUGGCCAAGGAGGACUAAGGCGACUAUACCUGACGCUCAGAAAGGCACAGCAAAGUGGUGGGGAGAGUGAAAACAAAGCUCCUGUGGUCAAGCAGUUAAGAGUAAAUUUGGAAAAAUUCAAGUCGCAGUUGGGCCAGCACUCUGAAAACGUGAAGAAGGCAAUAAGAUCAAAUGAUGUCACGAAAGUGAUGGAUACAAUGUCGCGCCUUUCAGAUAAGGCCACACAGCUGUUAAAAUUCCGUGAAGCUCCAUUGGUCGUGGAGUCCUUAGCCUCACUGGAGAAAGCAGUGCCGUCACCUAAAAAUGAGGAAGAGCCUGUAGACGGAGAUAAUUUCUGGAAUGUUCAGAUAUUCACCAAACCAAGUGCUAAAUGCCAGGAACUUUCCACGCUUGUGGAGCAGAGCCACGCCAUGAUGCUGAGUCACAUGGAAAGUAUGAUUCAGGGCGCCCGGCCACCUGAAGGGAAAUCUUGGGUAGAAGUGAUAUUGUCCGAGAUUCAUGACUUUUCCAGAGCCGUGGAUGGUCUGGUGAAAGAAAUUUACCUAGGGAUGAUAUUCCUUCAGUUACAGGAGGAAGCAAAGCACUCAUCUUUACUGUACGAAAUUCGAAGACGGCAGGACGUAGUUUUCGCUCACGCAGUAACGUCCCUUGUGGUUGGUUUUGUCUGCAAACUUCACACGUCAUUCUCCAACACUGUGUAUCUGAAACAACUCGUACAGAUUGGUUUCCUGGCGCAGUUUGAGAGCCUUCUUAGCACAAACGGUGAUGAAAUGGGGAUGUUGGAAGAUGCGUGUGUGAGCAUAGCUAACCUAACCUGUGUCAAAUUCAAGUUCAAGGAGUGCGAAAGAGAAGAUGAAAUCCCAACUUUGAGUGGAAACAGAGGUUACAUACAAGUGAACGUUUCACUUCCGUCGAUCCACUUCCGGCUGCUUCCCCGUGAGUUACAGGAAGGUCGACUGGUCAAGGUCAUACCCGUGCUCUUCACACAAGGGAUCAAUGAACACGCUACGCUGGCGGAAAGGUUUGGAGAUACCAGUUUACAGGAAAAGAUCAAUGGAGAUAACUAUAGCAUUCUAAAUUUUUACUUUGAGCAGUUCAAAACCAAGUUUCCCGAUGCAGCUGCUUCCAGAAAGGACGGAGAUCCAAGCUUAGAGCAUUUAAUGAAGUCACUGAAAUCAAACAUCGACAGUAGACGAGGAAAGAACGUGGAUAUUCUUCUGAUCAGUGAAGAGAUCUGCUGGCGGUUGAACGGAUGUCGUUUCAUGAGCUGUAAGAGCGCUAAGGACAGAACAGGGAUGGGAAUCACACUCGAGCAGUGUAUGAUCCUCAAGCGAGAGCACAACAUGGACUCCCAGUUUUUCCAGCAAGCCUUAGACGCCAUGAGAAGUGAAGGAACAAGAAGAGAAAACACGUUCAAGAAUACAGGAAUACGAAGAUAUGCGUUCAAUUCGUGGCAAGUUAUGGCUCUACCCAAACAGUACCGACCCCCAGAUGGAACUUACGGAAAAAAUGUACAUACGUGACACAGAGAGUGGAUGGAAAAUCUGUCACGCAGUCUCCUUUAUCCUGGAACGUAUGGUAACACUUGUCACGUAAAUCUUUAAGAAGCUAUGUCAUUUUUUUGAUGUACAGAAUUACUUUCACUGUCAAAGAAAAGAAAAACCCUCAAACGAUAGAUUUUAAGGUAGUAAACUACAGAAAUGAUAAUAAACCCAAAAGACAGACAAACCGGAAAAGACUGUGUAAACUUAAGGUAAUGGACUUUAUAUUUGUAGUAGCAUGGUUUGUGCACUGUGUUUCACAGAAAUCGGUGACCAGUGAUUCUUUAUGUAUAUUUUUGGUACUAGUGUCGGAAAGAAUGUAAAUAAGCAAAAUGGAUCUAUUCUUGUUGAAGUAACUUCAGGCUCCUAAUACAGAUAGUUAUUUUUAAUAGGAAAUUAUGUUGUCUUGUUUCACCUAGUAUUAUUGUUGUAAACAUGAGAGGUAAAGGUUUCAGAAAUUUGUUAAAUUGAUUGAUUGAUUUGUUAAAUUGUUCAGUUGCUGCUUGCAGACCAAAUUUUUAAGUCGCCAUAAAGGGAAAUAAUUUUUUA